AUGAACUCCCCGUCCAGCCACUACCUGGGCAUCCGUUUCCGAAGCCUCAUUUGGUCAUGCUUAGACUGUGAUCUCAUAUCUUCUGCCAUCUUCUUUGCCGAGCGAUACUAUUCCAUAGAUCCCCAAAAUCACCAAGCUAUACAUCUAUACGCGAAUGCUUUGUUUCGUGGAGAGCGCACACAUUCUGCCCUCAGUAUAGCCAACGAUAUGACCUGCCUCGGAUGUGCUGAAGUUUAUGCCCGUUGUUGUAAUGCUUUGGGACGUUUUCGAGAAGGGGAAAUUGCAUUCUCGAAAAUCAUGGAUGGGAGUACGGCGGUUGCUGCCGCCGCUACCCUAGACUCUUCCACGUUCCAGGAGGCUCGACAGUUUCCUGAUGCCGCUGUAAUCGCAUGUCGCAGAGGUGCUAUGUGUAUGAAGGGCAACUUGCCUCGAGAUGCUGCAGCACAUUUCAAUCGUGCAUUAGCCAUAAAUCCCUUCAUUUGGGAGGCCUUUGAGGGUCUUUGCCAACUGGGUUCCUUUCCCGAGAUCGACGACAUAAUGCCGCCCAAGGGUCAAUAUGUCAAAUCAUCUGUCCCCAAAUCCUCCUCUCAGCCAUCCAUUUCUACCCCCGAAAUAUUUUCGAAUCCCGCUGGUACGCAGCGGCAGAAUGGUGCAACGUCUGGGAAACCACUACCUUUUAGACUUCAUGGUCACUUUGCGGCAGGGAGAGAUUCAAUUGGUUCAGCUGCAGAUUCUUCAUUUGGAGAGCUCAAUUCUCCUGUUUUUCGCGGUCGACUCCAAGGCCAUCCGGAGAUGUUGACAACUCUGACGGCGAACGGGAACUCUCGAACAUCCGAGGUAAGACCAUUGCCCAAGAAAUUUCGGGGGGAGCCUUUGCCACAAGCUGAGACCCCAAGUGAUAUGGGCUUCAUCAGCAAAGCACCAACACGAACCCAGCCCGGGGCGCCCAAACGUCGAGUUACUCAGGAGCCGAAAGAGCCCACUCGACGUAGCACGCGCGCUGCAGCAGUUUCUAAAUUACCCACAGCUCCUAAACGUGGCGAUCGAAAACGGAACGGCAUUGCGCCGUUGUCCGUUUUACCAACGGGGAUCGAGACGGAUGAUGAGAUGGUGUCUCUUGAUGUAUCGCACGUGCCUCAAACACCAACGGAGCCAGUCGAGGCUUUAAGAAACAAUGCUCAUCAUUCGCAGAUAGCCGAACGAAUAGCUGUUGAAGAAGCAGAUGCCUACAUCAUGGAGCUUGUCCGACUUUUCGCCAAAGCUAUACAGAACUUAGCCCGUUUUCAGUGUCAGGUUGCUGUAGAAGACUUAGAAGCACUUCCAACUGAGCAGCAGCGGUCUGCUACCGUCAUGAUACUUUUGGGGCGGUCAUAUUUCGAACGGAUGGAUUAUGCGAAGGCCGAACGAUGUUUUCAACGAGCACGUGAAAUGGACCCUCACAGGCUGCAAGACAUGGAACUCUACUCGACAGUCCUGUGGCAUCUCCAAAGACAAACACUUCUUUCCUUCCUCUCCCAAGAAUUUCUCGCUAUGGACAACAGCUCGCCUGUGUCAUGGAUCGCGGCAGGCAACUGCUUCUCUUUGGAAAAGGAACAUCAACAAGCUCUCACUUGCUUUCGACGUGCGACCCAAUUGGACCCUCGAUGUGUCUACGCGUAUAACUUGAGUGGGAUGGAGUGCAUCACGAUCGAAGAUUACAGCAAGGCUAUAGAGUUCUUUCGCACCGCCAUUUCCAUUGACGCUAGACAUUAUCCCGCUUGGUACGGGCUGGGAAUGGCCUAUUUCAAAGCAAACAAAUACAACAUGGCUCAGUGGCACUUUCGGAGAGCGCUCCAAAUUAACCCAUCGAAUGCGCUCCUGUGGAGUUGUGAUGGAAUGAUACACGAAGCCCAGAAGGAGUGGCCACAAGCUCUUGAGAUGUAUACAAGAGCUGCCUCCGUCUCGCCCACAAAUCCGCUUGUCAUGUUCCGUCGAGCUCGUAUGCUGGUCGUACUAGAACAAUUUGAUGAAGCUCUCAUGAUCCUUAAUCGUCUCAAGGAUAUAAUACCUGAUGAGGUGAAUAUCCCCUUUAUGCUCGCCCAAAUCUAUCGAAGAUUGGGGAGAGUCACGGAAUCGUCACAGCACAUGGCUCUGGCGCUGGACAUUGAUCCAAAAAUAUCGGGUGCUAUACGGACAGCUCAACGAGGUGGAAAAAUUAUUCUGGAUGCUUUUGCACCCACUCCAGCGGAUGACCAAUCUAUGGAGGCAGAUGUGUCAAUAAUGAGCAUACCGUAG